AUGGAUUUAUUUUCCCACUCUCCUCCAGAGGACGAUAUAAAGCUCAAUUCAACCCUCUUCUACUGGCCGCAAAAUGUGGUUGACGUGCUAGAUGUGGCCAACAGUCGCCUGAAUGGCCUACGGGAGAGUUCUGAGGAGGCUCUGAGGGCACGAGUAAUUGCCCUCGAGAAAUCCAUCACCUCCUCCAGUGGAAGCAUCGAACAGAUGCAGAAACGCGAAGUGCUCUCUAAUGACGAGAUUAAUCGGGCUAAUGUCAUGCUGGACGCCUUCGACGCCAUGCUGCAGGGCUUCACGGACGAGGCUGAUGCCAUCAUAAGGGAAGAGCAGUUGCUCCAGUUUGAAGAGAGCUCGUUUCCAGAGAUUCAGGAGAUGAAGAAGGCAAUGCUGCCCUACAGUCGCCUGUGGCGGACUGCAAGAGACUUUGACGCCAAAAGCAAGGAAUGGCUUCGAUCGCCCUACGACAAGGUGGAUGCUAUGGAAGUGGACAGCAUCAUCACUGAUAUGUACAAACUGAUUCACAAGCUAACCAAGACACUGAUUGAUCAGCCUGGCUCUCUCAAGGUCGCCCAGAAACUCCGCGUAAGUCCGAUGUGCCGGUGUGACCGAUAUUUAAACCAGUACCUCCUCCGUGUUAACGUCUAA